GUCAGCCAUCUUUCAAUUGUGUUCGCUGCCGCCGCCGCGCCAAUGUCGCUCUCUGUCGCCAGCGCCGCCUCUAGCUCACUGAGCUCCAGCCGAAGGAGAAGGGGGGUAAGUAAGGAGGUCUCUACACCAUGGCUCGUACAAAGCAGACUGCCCGCAAAUCGACCGGUGGUAAAGCACCAAGUGAGCACCUGGCUACAAAAGCCGCUCGCAAGAGUGCGCCCUCUACUGGAGGCGUGAAGAAACCUCAUCGUUACAGGCCUGGCACCGUGGCACUCAGUGAAAUUAGACGUUAUCAGAAGUCCACGGAACUUCUGAUUGGCAAACUUCCCUUCCAGCGUCUGGUGCGGGAAAUUGCUCAGGACUUCAAAACAGAUAUGCGCUUCCAGACUGCAGCUAUUGGUGCUUUGCAGGAGGCAAGUGAGGCCUAUCUGGUUGACCUUUUUGAAGACACCAGCCUGUGUGCUAUCCAUGCCAAACGUGUAACAAUUAUGCCAAAAGACAUACAGCUAGCACGCCGCAUACGUGGAGAACGUGCUUAAGAAUCCACUAUU